AUAACAUAUGUAAAAAAGUUAAAUUUUUUAUAUUCAUAUAUAUUACAUACACAUGAAAAAAUAUCUAUAGGAAAAUAUAUGUAUAGGAAGAGUAGCAGAUAUUGUUCCGUAGAGAAAUCAUUAUUGAGGUUAGAAUAUUUUCUUUUUCGUAAAUUAAGAGAGAGGCAUGGCGCGAAGGAUUUUUCAUUCUUUUUCCACUGAUUUAUUACAUAUUAAUGGUCAACAAGUUCGAUAUGGUCAUGUUAUACGUGGAAGAUCCCCAAUGAAUGCUCGUACAUUAGAAGAACGACUGCAAGUGGCAAAGCGAAGAGAACUCUAUUUAAAAAAUCAAGUUAAUAUUGGUUUACCAUUACCUAAAAUACCUACAACGGUAAUAAAAGAAUGGAAUAAGGAAAUGAAAGAUAAUAAAAUAAAUCCUGAGUUAGAAAAAAUAUCACGUAAACUGCAAAUAAAUAUCGAUUUACAGAAAAUACGUGAGAUUUGGUGGCAAACGCACGGGCCGGAACAUGUUUAUAAAAUUGCAGAACAUUAUGGAAUAUAUCAACAUUUGUAUAAAGAUGCAUUUUUUUAUCCGGUUAUAAAAUUACAAAUAGAUUAUGAUUUUGGAUCUGAGGAUACACUUGCUAGAGUAUAUAACGGAAAUGUAAUUAAACCGAGUGAAGCAAAAAACCAACCUAGCAUCAAAUAUGAUGCUAAUUCAGAUACAUUAUGGACUUUAUUAAUGACUACACCAGAUGGAAACUUUACUAAAACCGAUAAUGAAUAUUGCCAUUGGUUUAUUGGAAAUAUACCUGGAAAUGACAUAGCGAAAGGGGAACAAUUAAUUGAUUACUUAAGACCAAUACCGCCUAAAGGUAUUGGUUACUGUAGAUAUAUAUUUGUAUUAUAUAAACAAGAUAAACGUAUUGAUUAUACAAAAUAUAAAAAAGAACAGCCUUGUCUGAGCUUAUCGGAACGCGACUGGAACACAUUGGAGUUCUAUAGAGAACAUCAAGAUUAUAUAACGCCAGCAGGAUUAGCAUUUUUCCAAUCGGAUUGGGAUCAAUCUCUUUCUAAUUUUUAUCAUUUUAAUUUAGAAACAAAAGAACCAGUAUUUGAGUACGAUUUUCCAAAACCAUAUAUAAAAAAACAGGAAUGGUUCCCAUUAAAACGAGCUUUUAAUUUAUAUUUAGAUAGGUACCGGGAUCCUAAAGAAAUAAAUAAGGAAUUUUUAUUGAAGAAACUGAAAAAGGUUCAUCCUUUCAAAGAACCAGAACCACCAUUAAAAUAUCCAAAUGCUCAUGCUUUUGAAAUUCCUGUACCUACUUGGUUGAGAGUAGAAAGAAGAAAAGAAAGGCUAGGUUGGGGACGUAUAAAUAAUAUUGAAGAAUAAUAUCUAUAAUUAAUAUUUUUUUGUUAUAAUAUAUAACAAUAUAAUAUAAUAAUAAUUGUAAUAUA